CAGCGAUGUAAACCCCCCAGGAACAAAUCCAAGCAACAAUCAACGCAUUGAUCCACUGCUCCGACACAGGACAACCCAACCGAGCUUGACUUGCCAAACACACGAUGACCUCGGCAGCUUUCCGAUUCAGCAGCCUUCUCCGACCAGCUCUAAAUCGAGUCUCACUUCUCAGAUCAUCAUUCCCCGUCCUCUCUCAACAACCCUACCAUCAUCCCCUCCUUUCGGAUAACAACCACUCCCUAACGAAUGCGACCAUUAACAUUAUCAGAGGGAUGAAAGUUCGAUCAAGUGUCAAGAAGAUCUGCGAUGGCUGCUCGGUCGUCAAAAGGAAGGGAAGAGUUUAUGUGAUCUGCUCCAAGAAUCCAAGGCAUAAACAGCGUCAAGGUUAAACAACUCUUUUCUGGUCGCUUCAAAUCAUUCCUGCUGGUGGAGCAAAUCAGUCGAGGUGGACAAUCCCGCUUUGGCUCUCGAAAUUACAACAAUUUGUACUACAUCUGAUGUUCAUUACGCAUCAACUGGAUGAAAACCCAUGCAGGUUGAAAUCUAUAAAAAAUCACACCCUCAAGGGUUCAGGCCAGAGCACUCCAAAUCACUGCAAUCUUAAAAAAAAUUGGUUGGUCACGAAGCAAUUUUGGAGGGCACUUUUUCAUAUCAUCCUUAAUCAGCUGUAAACUAAGUACCCACUCAUGAAAUUGCUUGCUGUCAUUCGUAAUCAUCCAUUUAAGCCAUGCAUGUCAUACAACCACCAUUUGAAUUGCAUAGAACCAAC